UUUCAGAAUCAUAACUCAAAUAUUUUUAUCGAGCCAUGAGAUAGUAAAUAUUGAUUAUGAUUAUUUGUAAAGGCAACUGUUCCAAAAAAUGUUCUGCCUGGAUAGCUGAAUGAAUGUUUUAUUGGGCAUACACGAGUUGGGCAAAGAUAGAGGUUGAAUAGGAACAAUAAAAACAUGUUAAGAAUUAUCAAAGUGCUGAUUUAUAGUAUGCUGCAAUACAUGAAAACAGCAAACGAACAUCAACAUUUUUACAGGGUUAAUAACUGUGGCAUACUGGUGGAUUAUAUAUGUUCGAUUGUACAAAUAAACCCAGAAUUAUGGAACGACUUGAUUUUUCUUCACCUGAUACAAUUAAUCUGAGCAGUGAUGGUUGAGGUUUUCUAGGGGUUUCCCUCGCCCAAGUGCGAAUGCAGUGACCAAGAAACCAUAUUCCCCUAAU